CAGACACUUACACAGAAUAGGGCUUCUGGAAUACUGCUACUGUGCAACAGUGUGAAACAUCUUGGAAAUCUGCAGGGAGCAGCGAAAGAUUCUAGGAGAAUGGAAGAAUUACUGCAAUGGCUUGAAGUUCGAAUCUCAUCAUCCCUGAGACCACGAUCAGAUGAACUUAAAACUUUACUACAGCAUCAUACGUACAGGUCUUGCAUUUCGGAGUUCCUAAAGAAUGAAGAUGUCCAUGCUUUGUAUGUAUAUUUUAAACAAGCAAAGACUUCAUUGACAGCUUCCAUUUCUCCGCCAGAGACACUUCAAAACAAAAGCAUAUGUUUUGUAAAAUUAGGAACUGCUCUCAAACUUACAUUAGAAAACAUAGCAAACAAUGUAAUAUGUGUGGAUUGUGCUAAGUUCCCAAUGCAUUACAUUGAUACGGUACUUCACCAAGUCUACCUGCCACUUCUGUGCAAUGAUAGUGUGAUGGCUGGGGCUCCAUAUAAUUCGGAGAAAAUCAUUGACAUCUUGCAUAGGUUCACUGGGAACCUGGAGGUCAUAGCCGGUCAUGCUGAGGGUUCUAUUGUGCUUCCAAUGCUAUCAGUGGAGUUACUGAAGGAUACACCAUUUGCUAAUAAGCACGGAGCUGUCAUCCAUAUAAUGGAAACAACAGUUAUUGGAUGGAUAAAGCAAAUUAAGGUUGUACUGAGACAUGAACCAAUUACAGAGCUUCAAAGCAAGAUUCUAAAACCUGGGAUUUAUGAUGAACAGGAAAUGUGGAAAAUGCAUAUCCAAAACCUUUUAUGUAUCAUCAAGCAGCUAAACUGCACAGAGGCCCAAGAGAUUGUUUCUCACCUGGAGGUGGUGAAAAGCACAUAUGGACAUUCAAUCACAGCUGUCGCUCAAGAUGUCAAACAGGCACUUUCAGACGCUGAAGAAAACUUGACAUUUUUGAAGACUCUUCUUCAGUGGUAUGAUCGGAUGAAAUCAGCCAGAUCUACGGAAAAUCUAAAAUACUUUCUCCAAAUGUUACACAAUUUAUAUUUAGUUUGGAGACAUUCAAGGUACUAUCAUCAUAACAAGGUAUUUUUAAACCUUCUGAGACUAAUGUCUAAUGAAGUGGUUGAAAUAGCAAGUAGUCUUCUAGGAAAAAAGAUUUUAGACAAUCCUCAGGCAUACAGCUUAUUAAAAGAAGCUUUGAAACUGUGUGCAACUUUCCGGGGCACUUACUUGGAUGUAAAAAUUAAAGCUGACGAGUUUAACAUGAAGAAGAAAGAGGAAAAUGACCGCCAAAUAUCCAAAAAAGCACCAGGUGCUGCGUGGAACCUUAAAAUGUAUGAACCAUCACAGUCAAAAUUCAAUAGGAAAGAUUGGUUUUCUAAUAACCAAGGCAAGGAGAAGGAUGCCACACAAGACUUAUGGGUAGAUUCACCUUGGCCACCCCAUAAUGCACAUUGCUUCAAGAAUAUUAACAUGUUUAUGGAAAGGUGCAAUGAUGUCCUUGACUUAGUGGAGACAAUUAAACAUUUUGAGACCCUUAAGACUGUGGCAUCUAUAGGUGGUGCAGGUUCUUCAAGUUUGGAUGCCAUGGUGCAAGAAAUCUGGGACUCAUAUGGCAUUGCCAAAGAAAACUUUGUUAACCAAAUAACCGAUAUUUUUACUACUGAUAGAAGCAGUCCUUUUGAAAAGGCAUUUUUUGACUUCAGAACUAAAAUAAAGAGUCUAGAACACAAGCUUGGGGAAAUUCUGAGAAGCAGUUUCAUUCAAUGUCCCACCAUAGCAUCUCAACUGAGACUUUUAGAGGUAUUUGAAGGAAUCAGCAGACGAGAUGUCGUGAAGGAUCACUUGAAGGACAAAGAUGACCAGUUAGUUGCAAUGUUCAUGGAAGAACUCACUCAAGUGAAUGAGAUGUAUGUGUCCAUGGCACAUAAUCCUCCUAUGCACAUUAAUAUGGCUCCUACAGUCAGCAAGUUGUUGUGGAUUAGAGGACUUCAUGCACGCAUUUCUGAACCCAUGGUGAAGCUGAAAUUAGUAUCACCACUCACUCUAGAAGGAGACUUGGGAUGGAAACUGAGGCAUUUGUACUCAGCAACAGAAGAAGAAAUGAAAAGGUUUGAGGACAAUCUAGUGAAGUCUUGGCUAUCAGAUGUGAAUAAGGAACUCAGCGAGUCCUGGAAACUCCCUUUACUUAGACCUUCCUUUUCAAGAAAUGAACAGGAGGAUUAUUUUGCUCAAAUCGAAUUAAAUCUUAAUCCAGACAUUCUCAUCUAUCUACGGGAAGCUGAAUAUUUGGUGGGGCCUCCUUUCCUGAUGAAGCUCCCUGAAUCUGUGAAAUCUUUAAUGAAGAACACCGAUAUCGAGAAGUUCAAGGUUCUAUCCACAUGUCUUGAGACAGUGGUGUCAAAAUACAAUGAAGUAAUAAAAAAUAUUUCAUACCAUCAGAAGGCACUGUUUGAGAAAAAGUUGUUGAAGACCUCAGAGGUUCUGAAGGAUGGAAUGAGCCUUUUCACUUGGAGCAUGAAUGAGAGCACAGAUUAUAUUGAACGUGCCACCUCUUAUAUUUGCACAGACCUUCAUACCAAUUUCAGCAUUGUUACAAACAAUUACAAGAUCAUUACCGAACUUGCAGCAGCAUGGUGCACAGCAAAGCUUGACAUAUUCACCUGUCGAGAUUUCAGCAGGAGCUAUUCCAUUACUGAAUUAAUAAUAACACAGAGAAACAUUGAACAUGAAUUGGAGAACAUACUCAUUCCAGAAGGACAGAGAAUCCAUAGCCUUGUUCAGCAAUCCUUUCAUGCCAGUGGCAUUAGCGAGGCCUCACCUGCUUGGCAAGACUACAUAAUGGGCAUCGAUGACUUGAUUUUCCAAGGCCUAAAGAAACUUACCAUCUCUAGCUUGGCUGCCCUUCUCAACACAAUCAUGGAUGGCGAGCAUGUUCCUAUCCUAUGCAUUGAAGUUGAAUUGAUUAAUAACGAAGUUGCCUUUAAUCCACCACUGGACCAGAGCACAUCGGAUACAAGUGUGAUGGAGAACAUCGAAGAAUGGCUUAAGGUCUUUCUUUUGAGAGGAUCUCAUAUACUGGCAAUCUCUCCUGCUGUCAAGGGUGGAUUCCAAAAGUAUUUGUCAGAAGAUAAUGAAGCGUUACAACUGGUUGGUCACAUUCUGCAACAGGUGGACACGAGUGUUAAAGACUGUCAGGCCUUGCUGGAUGUUUUUGGCAAUUAUGCUUUUCUAUGGAAACAAGAUAUUAACGUAGAAUUCCAAAAUUUCCUCCAUGGCAAACAUUCUCCACCUUCAUUGAUUAUACAAGAUAUGGAAGACGAGGCUGAUCUAACACUAAUUGAAGCAGAACGAGCCUUCAUUCUUCCUACAGAUCACAGAGGCAAAAAACCACAUAGCCCUCUGCUAGAGGAUUUUGAUAUUGAAAUCUCCAGAUAUAAGGCUGCCAGAGACAACAUUCAGACUCUGCCAAAUCUUCAGAGGAGCGGGUGGAUUCAAGUGGACUUCUGUCCCAUAAAGCAAGUUCUCAGAGCAUAUGCUCUCAAAUGGAUGUGGACCUUCACAAAAUACCUUAUAGACCAGACAACAACUAUUUUAAGAAACUUAGAUUCCUUCUUAAAAAGAACAGAGCCUCAAAUAGAAAGCAUAUCUGGAGAUGCGCGAGACACCGGAUCCUUUAUGAAGAUGAUGCGACUUUUCAAUGAGGUUUCAGCAAAACAAGGGGAAAUGGAAGUGCAGUUUGUUGUGCUACAGAAGACAGUAACACUUUUAAGAAAUCAUGAGAUGGAACUACCGGCAGAUUGUGAAGUCCUCUUCAAGACAAUGCCUGCUCGGUGGAACAACAUGAAGACCAAAGUUUCACUCGCAAAGCAGCGCCUAGGUCCCAGGAUACAGCAAGCAGCUGAUAGGGUGACACAGGAUCUUAAACGGUUUCAGCACAAACUUGAUGCUCUCGGUCAGGAUAUUGAAACCUCUGAAGUAUACAUGUACAAAUGUACGUCACAUGAAGCCUUUAGGGCCAUAGAACAUUUCAACACAGAUGUACAAAUUCUACAAAAUGAGGCAAAAGACUUGAAGGAACUUCAGGAGCUACUGGAAACCACUGUGGUUGACUUCUCCAUUUUGGCUAACUGUGAAGAAUUACUACAGAAACUCAGCCUUGUUUGGCAGCAUGUGAAUUCAAUCCUUAAAGAGCAAGACACCUGGAAGAAAGAGGUAUGGCAGAACAUGAACACAGAACAACUCUAUCGGAGGACCAACCACCACCUGGAACUUCUGAAGGCCCUGCCAGAAGAGGUCCAGGAAUGGGAUGUCUAUAAACACACACUGGAAGCUGUUAAUAUCAUGCAUUUGACCUUGCCAUUGAUAGAAGAAAUCAGCCACCCAGCAAUGAGAACAAGACAUUGGAACCAGUUGGUUCGACAGACAGGGGGUUUGCUCCUUGUUACUCAGCAAAGUUUUAAGGCACUGACACUCGGAGAUCUCCUAGCAAUGGGCUUAGAAAAACACAGUGGUGACGUGAAGGCGGCUGUACAACGCGCAGUACGAGACGUGACCAUUGAAAGUUCCUUGAAGAAUUGUGAAGAAGUCUGGCUGAGUCGGACAUUUGACCUUCGACCUCACAGCAGAGUUAUAUUAUCUAAAGCACUCAAUGAGGAUCUUGCAAGUUCUGUGUCUGGAAGUCACUACACUAAAGGAGACAUGAGCAGAAAUGUUACAACUAGAGGAGGUAGCAGGAGGCUGAGUAGACAAUCUGACAAAGGCUUCCUUAUGUCCAAAAAAGUAGGCAAAGGAAGCAGCGUGUCACUCUAUGAGUCUCUUAAACAUAUCGAGGAACUGGGCACAGUUGUGCUCUUGAAAUCUGCAGAUGCUAUAUUUGAGGAACUUCAACAUCACCAACUUGUGCUGAGCAGCAUACAGCCCCAUGCAGAAUCUGGCUCUUUCCUGGAUGAAGUAACAAAAUGGCAGAAAAAGUUAAAGAUCAUUGAGACAUCUGUUCAAUUGUGGCUUAUGGUGCAGGAGAAGUGGGCUCAGCUUGAAGAGGUCUUUUCAACCCUGGCAUUUCGUGUGGCCAUGCCUAGAGAAGCAUCUCUGUUUGCUGAUGUGCACCAUCACUUUUGCCGGCUUAUGAAAUCAGUAGAAGAAAAUCCAAACAUCUUGCAGAACUGUAUGAGAAGAGGUUUAGAGUCACUACUUGAAAUGUUGAACUACAAACUUGAACGCUGCCAGCAAGCUGUCCGUCUACACUUAGAGCAGAAACGGUUGGCCUUUCCACGAUUUUAUUUUUUGUCAUUGGAAGAUACCCUCAACAUUGUGUGCUAUGGAUAUGAUUUGGAAAUAUUAAGCACCUAUUUAGUGAAGAUAUUCUCUCAUGUCCAAAGUCUGAUUUAUCAUACAAGUGAGCCAAGCUCUGAAAACGACUGCCAUAAAAUCUUGGGUGUGAGAAGCUUUUUAGGUGAAGAAUUGUAUCUUGUUGAGCCACUUGAAUGCAGAGGUCCUGUGGAGACCUGGCUGCCACAGCUUGUAAACAGCAUUAAGGCAUCUCUACAGCAGCACCUGUGGGCAGCUCUAGAACACAAAAACGUUGUUACAGCAAGGCGAAAAGAGAUUCACAGUGCUGGGGCCCGACGGGUGGUUAUAAACAAGCCAACUUCCAAAGAGGAAUCUACGGCAGAUAGAACUUUUUUAGAUGAUGUUGCAGGCAGCAGAACGGAACCAGAUUUGAGACACUGGGUACUCAGUACCUCUAGUGAUGUAGUUUAUCUCUCCACUCAGAUUAAAUUCAGCAGGAUAAUGAAGGAAUGCUCCAGCCCAGAGAAUGAACACAACAAACUAAUCCAGGAUUGCCUUAAGGAUCUGACAGAAGGAAUUGAGUAUGUUGCCAAGAUAUUAAAUGAAAUUCCCCAGGAAGACAUUCUGCAACCUUCUAAAAGAACCUCAAAGGCAGAAAGAGAAGGAAAUGAGCAAGGUGAAGAUCUUAGUACCAGCUCAGGUGGAAGCGAUGGUAACCAGGAAAUUCUUAAACCAUCCUUGUCAGCAGGAGAUGUCAUUAAACUCACUAAUCACGCCCUACUUUUGUUAUAUCAGCGUGACAUUGCAGAAACAUUUCUAUCAAAGACAGCCCCCAUCUGGAAACUGAGACAGCCUCUGAGCUAUGAAUAUGAUGACACUGCCAUUGAUCUCAUUGUGAGGAUGGGUGACUCUGGAAUUCACUAUGGAUUUGAAUACCAAGGAUCCGCAAAGCAUGUUCUAAUUACACCAUUGACUGAAAGGGUCUUUGCCAGUGUCAUUUCUGCAGUCUGCAAUGGAGUGGAUUCAUUAUGCAUAGGGCCAGAGGGAUCUGGGAAAAAAUCCAUGGUUCGAGAAUUAUGCUGUGCACUUGGAAAACCCUUUUUCUCCUUUUCUUGUACAAACACCACAGCAUGCAGCAUUCUGCAAGACAUAUGUAAAGGACUGGCUGCUGCAGGAGCCUGGAUCUGCAUCAGUGGAUUGGAGCAGCUACCACAAUCUAACCUCGCUCUGUUAGCACAAUUACUCGGAAAGAUUCAAUCAGCAAAGCAUUGUGGGAAAGAAACAUUCACUUUGCAGUGGGAUGAAGUCCCUUUAAACACAGCAGGUGCAUGCAUCACUGUCAUUAAAAGUGACCUGAACACCCACUGCCAUUCAAACAAACUACCCAAAUCACUUCUGAACUGCUUUCGAAUAGUUGGAGUUAGUGAAGUUCCUGUUCAUAUUAUCCUGGAAGCUCAACUGCUGCUAAAAGGUUUUUCACGUGUAACUUCCUUGGCACAGAAACUCACCACCCUACUUGAUUCAUUUACAAAGCUUUACAAACCAGCUCUGCUGGAUUCUGGGUCAGCUAGAAAAGGACAACAUCUCUGUUUAUCGGUUUCUGGACUCCGCUAUCUGCUUAGUGAAGCAAGCAGUAACCUUAAAUCACUAUACAGGAGCCAUCACACCACGCUAGGUCAAGGAUUGGCAAGAAGUGAAGAUGAUCAUCGGCUGUCUCUUGAAGACAAAGCAGUGGUCAUUGCUAUCAAUAAUUUCUGGUUACCACAACUGUCUGCUGAUGAGGCAUCAGUUUUAAAAUCUUUGGUAGCAGCAGAAUGGCCAAGUACUCUCAAUUCAAAUUAUCAGAAUACCUCAAAUGAUGCCAAUGAUACUGAUGGUCUGAUCCCUGCAGUCGUUACUUCAAAAUAUGGUUGUGGCCAGCAGGUUGCCUCAUCUGAAUGUACAGAAGAUACCAGCGUCCCAAAUGCAAUAAUAAAAGCCAUAGAAAAAUGUCAUAUUUUUCCCAGUAACACAUUUGUAUCCAAAGUUUCCCAUCUGGUUCAGCUGGCACUAAAGUACCAAACAGUGGUGAUAACAGGACCUCCGGGAUGUGGGAAGACAAAAUGUAUAGAAGCCUACAUGGAAACACUGAAAGAAGAGAAAAAGAUAAUUAAAGAUACUGUUUUCAUCAAUGCCCUCCAGCCUGGACAUCUUCUGGGGUUUGUGAAUGAAGAAUGGGUUGAUGGAUUGUUGGCCAGAUUGCUCAGAAGUUAUUAUCGGCAGAGCACAACCGCUAAAGGCAACCAAGUGAAUAUUCUUCACCUGGAGGGUGAGAUUGAUGACCAUCAAAUGGCACUUAUGCAGAAUUUGUUUUGUGGUUCAGAUUAUAUUGUUUUGGAAAAUAAUGAAUAUAUAAGGAUCUCGGGUAAUUUCCAACUGUUCUGGGAGCUUGAAACAUUAGCCAAUAUAAACCCUUCCGUUUUAUGUUGCAUGGGUAUCCUGGCUAUGCCAUGUACUGACAUUGAUUGGAAAUUACCUCUCUAUGUAUGGAUCAAAACACAAGCUGAAGAACAUCAACAGCAGUUGCAGCAACUCACUGAUACAUUUCUAGAGCCCUGUUUGCAGUUUCUACGAGAGAACCGAAUACUUCACCAAGAUGGUAAUUCACUGGAUACAACACUAAAAACUCUCGUUUUUUCAGAAGUAAAUGUAGCAGAGACAUUCUGCAGAAUCUGUACGGCCUUGAUGCAGCAUGUUUCAGAAAUGAUGCCUGAGGAUAUAAAGACAUAUUUCCUACUUUCUUCCAUAUGGUCUUUUGGAGGAUGGCUGGAUGCUCAGGAAAAGACAAGUUUUAGCAACUGGUGGAAAAGAACCUUUAGAAAUCACAGUACAUUUCCUGCUGAUGGACAAGUCUGGGACUAUCAUAUUGACACUGAUACACGACAGUUUGUCAGAUGGCAUGACACACUUUCUUGCUAUUUUGUAAGUCACGGACAAAGCACGGCCUCUGAGGCAUUUGUUCACACAGUUCACAGUGAGCCACUUUUGUAUUUUUCAACCCUGUUGACUACAGCCGGUUGUCCAGUGAUGCUGGCUGGAGAUGCAGGGUGUGGUAAAUCAAUGAUUGUCCAGGAGGUCCUGAAUUCUCUGUGUUCAGGAGAUGUUGCAGAAAUGUUACAGCUCCGUAUUCCUAUUAACAAUUCCACAGAUCCCAGGAAAUUAUGGGAAUGUUUGAAAGACCGUCUAGAAUGGCAAUAUGGCACUCUGCAUAAACCAGCAGGAAACAAGAAAUUAUUAUGUUUACUUGAUGACCUAAACCUUGCUAAGGUGUUUGAGAAUGGGAAUCAACCAGCCUGUGAAUUUGUUCGUCAAUUGCUUGAUCAGGAGAGAGUGUUUGACCCUUCCUCUUUAAAGUGGAGAACUAUUAAAGAUAUAAUCUAUCUGGCCACAUGGAAUGCAACUGCGGGAAUGCUUCCUAAACAGAGACUACGAUUACUUAGACAUUUCUGUGUCUUGUAUUGCCACUAUCCAAGUCGAGAGCAACAGCUUAGCAUAUUCAGCACCAUCUUGAAUACUCAUUUUCUGCCGCAAGUCACCGAAAGCAAGGCAGAGGGUGUAGCAACUCCAUCUAAUCAUCACCUCCCAGAAUUGCUUACAGCUAUUGCUUCAGUUACUGUAGAACUACAGGAAAGACUAAGAGCUGUGUUCUUGGGGACAUCACAGCGUUGUCAUUACUUAUUCACACUUCGAGACCUUGCAAAGAUAUUCAGAAAUAUCUGCUUGUCUCAAGAUGAGAGUACCACAACCGACAUACUCCUACCUUUAUGGAGGCAUGAAUGUGACUGGGUAUAUAGACAGCGGAUGUCCAGCUAUGUGGAUCAGCACAAAUACCUACAAGAAUAUACCAUUGCAACAAAGAAAGUAUUUACAAGCGAGGAAGAGUUGCAGAUCAUUCUCAGUCCUCACCAGCCCUUGUUUAGUAACAUUGUGGAAGAUGAUGGUGGCUUAAUAACCACUGUAGCUAAGCAGCAGGAGAUGAAUCUGUUCCGAAAGACAAACAUUCAAACCUUAGACGGCUACCAGCAAACAUUUAAUUUUAGCCACACAGAGGAGUUAUUAGCAGAGGCACUGAGAGAAUACAACAAAGUCAAUCCAAGAAUGAACAUUACUUUUUACAAGUCUGCUGUAGAACUGUUGUGCCGCUUAACUCGAAAUUUACGGAGCCCUCGUGGGAGUGCACAUACAAUGCUGUGUGGAGAGGGUUGUGUCAGAUCCACCAUUUCUCUAGCCCGGCUGGCAGCACACCUUUCUGGAUUCAGUGUGGUUCAACUCGGAUCAUACAAUAAAGCAGACAAACAUGAGCCAAGAGCCAGGCACUUCAAGUCUCAGCUGGUAGACUGCUAUGUAAAAGCAGGACUGAAGGGCCAGAGAACAUUGCUUUUGCUUUCAGAAGAAGAAAUAGAUUCUACAGUGUUGGUUCAUAUGACAGAGUUUGUUGUUUUUGGAUCAGUGUCCCAUCUCUUCACAUCUGAACAACAAGCAACUAUAGCAAAUGCCAUGAGAAACGAGGUAACCAAUGCUGGACUAACCUACUCUAAAGAGAAUGCAUGGAAACUUUUCCUUGAAGCUAUUCAGCAGAACAUCCGCUGGCUUCUCAUUCAGAGCAGCACGGGACCUGUCUUUCGCAAGUGGUGCCUUGAAUUCCGUUCACUUAUUGAUGCUGUAAAUGUUUAUUUUAUUCCUAAAUGGUCACGUGAAUACCUAGUAGAACACGCAAGUUAUUACAUUCGAGAAUUAGAAAUGUUGACCAAAGAAGAGAAAGAAAACAUUUGCCACCUCUUAUCCUCCAUGCAUCUUUCUAUUGCCAAUCAUGACAAAACCACAAGAGGAACACAUGGCAACAUCACCAAUACAACAUUCGAAAACUUUGUGAGAUGUUUUACAGUCCUUGCUAAAGAACAAUAUGACCUCAUUGGCAAAAAUCAUGAGCUGGCCAAGGAAACUCUUGGCCACAUUGAGGAGAAGCUGAAGUCUCAUGAAAAGUUGACAGGUGAUCUUUUACACCAGAAGACUGUUCUUGAAGAACAUAAGGAGGGAACUUUGAAAAUAUUGCAUCAGAUUGCACAGGACAAAGCUGUGGUGGAACAGAAGAUCCAUGUUAUCUACCAACAGUUACAAAAAAUCAAAAAGUUCAGAGCGCUGCUUCCUGAAUAUCAGAUUGCAUAUGAGAAAGCACAAUAUAAAUGUUCCACUAUCAUAGAAAAUAUCAAUGAGCUAGUGCGUCAUAUGGAUGUAAGGGCUCUAGGUGAGCUGCGUGCUAUGCAAAAACCUGAUGUGGAUAUUGAAGAACUUAUGGCUUCUGUCAUUAUAAUACUGAAAUCCCCUAACACAGACCUGACUUGGGCAAGGGGAGCAAAGAGGCAGAUGGCCAACAUUGACCGUUUUAUGAAUGAGCUAAUAAAUUUCAGCAAUGCAAAGUUGCCACAGUCCACAUUAGAACUCCUAGAGUCAAAUUUAAAGAAGUCACAGUUUACACCUGAGAACAUGGAGAGAAAGUCGGGAGGCAACUUGGCAGCAAGUAGUCUUCUUAGAUGGCUCCAAGGUGCAGUACGAUAUUACAGGAUAUUGGCCUCCAAGGUAAAGCCUUUACAGAGCAAAGUGGACGAAAUGACUGUUGCUUUACAAGAAGCAGAACAAAAAAUGACAACUUUACAACAGAGAAAGAAGGCACUUAUUCUGAGAUUAAGUGACCUCGAGAGAGGAUUUGAAGAAGCUACUGUCCAUAAAAACAAGCAACAACAAAGAACUAUUGAAAUUGGGCACAAGUUGGAAGAAGCCGCUAGUAUAGCACAGCUUCUUGAGGAUGAAAGAAGAAAAUAUGCUUCUGUUGUUAGCUCCCUUCCAGAAAGACUCGGUGGGGUUCCAGGAACUACAUCUAUGGCAGCAGGAUUAGUAUCUUACCUGGGAGCUUAUGAGCACUAUUUUCGACAACUCAUGCUAACUAUAGAAUGGCCAAUGGCUUUGAAAGAAAAAGGCUUUCCAUUAAUGAUAGAUUCAAUCGAUCCAGUCAAAGGGCGCGUAAUAGAAUUCUCUCUAACAUCUACAUGUGAUUCUCCCAUGGAAAGUGAGAAGAAAGAUAUGAAUAGCAAGUUGAAACAAAAAGAAAAUAGUGGAGAAGAAUGUUGUUUCAAGGAAAAUGACAAUUGGUAUCAUGACCUAGAGGAAACACACCUAAAUGAACUUUCUUUACAAAAUCAGUUUUUACCAAUAAUUACUGAAGAGUUAUAUGGUGAUUUCAUAAAGGCUCUUUCAACAAGAAUUGUGAAGAAAUCAGUUCUUCAGACGUGGACAGCAAAGGACUGGACUCCUCAGCAGAUGGAGAAUGCAGCUAUACUUUCAUUUUCUUGGCAGCGUCCGGUGUUGCUGAUAGACCCAUGCUUUGAAGGAGAGCAAUGGGUUCUAGAGAUUUUGGAGACAUCUUUUGCAAAGUCGUUUUCUUCCAUAAAUCUUCAGGCAAGGCAGGACAGCAGUGUCUUGGCACCAAUUGAAAAAGGAAUUUUGUCUGGCUGUCCAUUGUUUCUAAACAACUACAGUAGCAAAUGGGAUGAUUUACUGAUGCCCCUGAUUGAUCACUGUGGUGCUACUACUGAAAAAUACAACCAGCAAGGAUCAUCAUCAAUCAUUUCCUUCAAUGGACAUAGGCUUCUGUGCACAAAUCAGUUCAAACUCUUCAUGGCAACCUCCGAAUUGGAUCCUUUGUUUAAUAUAGAAAUAUGUUCAGGAACAACUAUGAUUAAUUACAGUUACUCUGAUGGAAGUUUGUUAGAAUUGCUGCUUAGAAGGGCUUUUGAGAAACUCCUGCCUGAUCUCUACAGUCAAUUAAUGAAAACAUCAAACACUAUUCUGAUGCACCAGGAGAGCUUAAAUGAACUAGAGAUUAGAACCAGAGAAUGUUUUAUUUCCUCUGCUUUGAAUGACACGUAUGACACCAUCUACAUAACUGAAAUAUUUAAUGAGAGAAAGACAGUUUUUGAAGAACUUGAAAAAGCUAAAGCAACUUAUACCAAUUUGUUGAAAUUACGAGACAAACUGUAUCCCCUUGCUCACCAAGGUGCUAUGCUGUAUUCAGUAUUGAAGUCUCUUCGGGCUCUUGCUGUAGAAUAUUAUUUUUCCAUAGAGUUUUUUCAACGGCUCUUCGACAUUGUGAUUGAAAGAAAUGCUGACUCACAUGAAACAAUUGAGGUAGAGAAAGAUGAUUUCCAGACAGACUCUAUUAUAUCAACUUCAGUUUUAGAAGACAAGAAAACUGGUCUACAGUCCCAAACAGCAUUAACAGAUCAACAUGAAGAACACAGUGAAAGAGAAGAUACCAUGCAAUUUCCCAAUGGACAGGAGUUCAGCAGUACUGCCGAAGUACAUAGCUUCAGCCUGUCUUCCAAUCAGAUUAGGAAGCUGAUGGAUCAAUUAACCCAGGCUGUUUAUCAAUGCCUGAUUCAGAGUUUACUUCCAGAACAUAGCACCCAAGCCUGUGCUAUGCUGUUCCUCUGCAUUCAGCAGUUAGAAAAUGAAAAUGCCGUCACAGAAGAGGAGCUGGCCUUUUUUGCUCAUGGAAGCUGCUCAUUUGAGAAAAUUGGAUGGGAGACCACUGGUUCUAACAUAAAUGCACCAUCAUGGAUGCCUUCAGAAAGAUGGGAAGAUUUAAUUACUUUAUCGAUAAUUUCAGAACAUUUUAAAACAAUAUGUGCACAGAUCACAGAAAAUUCAUCUGCAUGGGAAAAUUGGUACAUCUCUGUCUAUCAAGAUGAUGAAAAUACAGAAGAAGUCGGUAAAGGUAGCAUUGCUCACCUUCCUGAAUGUGGAGUGCAUAAUGACUUUCACCAGUUACUGCUGUUCCGUGCUAUCUGUCCAAGUCGAUUUCCUGAUGACGUGUCUCACUAUGUUGCUAGAGUAUCAAGAGACCUUGACUUUGAAGAUCUCCUACCAGGUGUAGAGAAUCUAGCAAGGCUGGAUGAAAAUAUACUUGGAGUACUUGUUAUACUUCCUUCUGCAAGCAAUGACAAAUCUUCUUAUAGCAGUGCAAUUGCAAGCCACAAACCACAAAUGGCCAUCUCUAGAGUGGCAAAGGAAAAAGACAUUCCCUUGUUUACAGUGAGUAUGAAAACAGACAACGCAGAGGAGGUGAAAGCAGCUUUAAGUGAUGCGAUGAAUCAAAAUGGAUGGCUAUUAAUUGAAAACCUGCAUCUGACACCGAAGACUGUUUUAAAAAAUCUCUACAGGAGUCUGACAUAUGCCAUGAAAAUGCAAGCUACACAGAAGGCAGAGAGACAGUUCUGUGUCUGGUUAAUAUCUGAAUGUGGAGCACCAAUCCCCCCAAAUUUUGUAGCGCAACUUAAAAAAGUUUCUUGGCAUUUCUUAUUGCUGAAUCAGAAAAACAGUAAUGUAUCAACUAGGAAUGUCACUUAUAUUGAUUGUCUGCCACAACUGCUCUCCUCAGCAAUUCUUUCAGCACUAGAAAUAAUGAAAGAAAACAUGUGUGAAAAAGUAAAUGGAAGCAACGCUAGCGUUCAGAUUAUCAGCUAUGGAAUCUGUGUAAUACAUGGAAUUCUCCAAACACAGAAGAUAUAUCCCAGGACAGGACUCACUAACAUGAUGGAUGUCGGUUUGGUACAACUGAAUCAGGCUCUUAACGUAGUGUUGUCGGCUCAUGAGAAAAUGAAGGAUCCCAAUGAAUUUGCUGCAGCUGUGGAGAAAGGUGUCAUCUCUGUAUAUAUUAACCUCACCCUGAGACCUGAAGAUGCAGCUUAUGUUGAAGCACUUGUGCAUGAAAUAAUCUCAUGUAUUCUACAGCAAAAGGGUAUAAUUAUAAACAACAUUACCAUCCCUGUUCCAUCUUCUAAUGUGGAACCCUUACAGUAUUCGAACUGGCUGAUUGACAAUAUGCCUGGGAAACAUUCCUUGCAAGCACUGAUACUAUCAAACAGCGCUGAGAGAACUGUUCAUGAGAAAUUUGUUUCAGAAUUCAUGCAAGUCCUGGUGAAACUGUAUGACUCAAUGAAGGUAUCUUUGCCAUUGUUAAUGCAAGAAGAUAGUUAUUCUGGAAAAGAUUUGACCUCUCUACAUACAUCUCUGGAAAGAAUUUCAGAACAACUUCCUCCGUUAAUACAGAUUAAUACAGAUAAUGUACCUACAAGUGCAUCGCUGAAUAGACAUACAGCUGAAUCAGAAUUGCAAGCAAGCAAACAUGUUUUAUUACAGGAGUGCAGGCUGAUGAAUAGUUGCAUCAGCAAUUUCAGACUCAGUAUUUCAGAGCUAUCAAAAUGCCUGCUGAAUGGUUUAACUGGAACACCUGUUCACCUCCUUGAGACUGCAGAAGCAUUACAAAAGCAAGAGGUUCCCAAAUCAUGGGUUUAUUCACACAACACCCACAUGGGGUUCUAUUCUAUUAACAGCUGGCUGCAAGAUCUGCACAAGAAACACAAACAGCUAAAGCAGUGGAUGAAGAAAGGCAUAAUGCCUUUUGCCAAGGGUGAAAAGGGAGCCCUGACCUCUGUAAGCCUUGGGAGCCUCUUUAACCCGGAGGCCUUGGUCCUGGCACUGAGACUGCAGUUUGCAGUUCAUCAUGGAUAUUCAUUACAUGAGGUGGUACUCCAGUGUCAUAUAGCUGAAUAUCCUGAUUACAAGCCUGACAGAGAGGAAUAUUCACUCUAUGCUGAGAAUUUCAUUUUACAUGGUGCAAUGUGGGAUUUUAAAAAUAACCAUUUAACAGAGUCAAGAAAUGUUGUGCAAGCAUUGCCAUUUGUAAUCAUUACUCCAGCCUAUAUAAGGAAUAUAAAAACUGAUGAUGCCACUGGUAUAUAUGAUUGCCCUGUAUGCACUGACUGCAGCAUGGAGAACCGAGUGAUGACACUUCCUCUUCAGUGUACAAAACCUGUAAAACAAUGGCAUCUUAGAAGGGUGACUAUUGCAUUAAGCCCAGACUUCAAUAUGAUGACUUUUGGAAUGGGCAGAUCCUCAACAGUAAAGGAACAGGGGAACAACACAGCCAUAAACACCAGGACAAAAAUGGCUAAAUUGUCACACUCAAAGAUUUUCAAAAGAGCAAGUAAGAUGAAAGAUCCUGAUGGUUUACAAACUCAACAAUCAAAGGCCCCAAACAGCAACGAUCUCCAGAGCAUUUCUGCUGGAACUGAUGAUAAUUUGCUGUCGGACAAAGCCCACAAUUCUACAAUACCGCAACAAAACUCAGAAAACGACAUGCUUGGUGAAACUGAAAAUGUAGUUUUGUCUCCAUUGUUCAUUAACGAGACAAUAUCAAAUCAAGAUAAUAAGGAAUUCUUCAGAGGAGUGCAAAGCGGUACACAUCAGAAUGCCUCUCUCUCUGAAGUUGGAGAUGGGAAAGAAAUGAAAGCAGGAUUGACAGAAGGCAAAGUAUUGGUUAGGUCUGAAUCUGAAGACACUGCUGACAAAGCAGAAUAUUUGAUCAUUAGAGAAGAUUUAAUAGUGGAUACAAGGAUUUCUGAUUACGAGACUUCUAAUAAUGAGCAUGGACAAAGCGAUAACAAUGGUGACUUUGAUGAGGCUCAAAAUGAAGGAUAUAAAGAAGAUUUUGAUGAAGAAAUGCUCAACAACUUUGAGCAACGUGUACAUGGUGUAACUGAUUGUGAUUCAGGUGAAAAUCAAGACACCUGUAAAUAUGGACCGAAUACAAAUAAUGAUGAACAUGAGUUUGAUUAUCAGGAAGGAGGCAUACCCGAUAACUCAUAUACUACCAGAGUGCAUAGUGCUAAGAGUGAGAAUAAUGAAGAAAUACAAGAAAGCAUCAAGGAGCAUGUAGGCACGGACCCAAGUCAAUGGGAUGUCAGCUUACAUAGUAGCACAGAAGUUAAUGAGCCUCAAAAUAUCCAGGCUUAACGGACAGAUUUUUACUAUGAUGGCUAUCAUCAGUCCUCACUUGAAAUAAUAGUGGCAGACUUUAAUACCAUCUGAAAGAUAAACAUGUUAUGGAUGAAACUGAAUAAAACAAAAAAUGUG